AAAUUCAUACCCACCCAAUCCCAUCCUCAUGUCACCGUUCCCAAACCCUAUUUCCCCCUUUCCUCUCUCCAAUCUCCGCUUGGUUUCCUCAAAUCAAUGGCGGACUCCGACGCCGAUGAUCAGCUCCUCGCCGACUUCCUCGAAUCCGAGAUCCUCUCUGUCUCUUCUGCUGACAAUGACCAAGAUGAGAAACCACCGAAGAGGCUUAGGAUCGAAGAAGGGAGCUCGAAUCGUUCGAGUAGGAUAGAUAGUGGGAGCUUUUCGAAGAUUCCUCCCGAGAUUUUCCACCAUAUCUUCAAAUUCCUCUCGUCUGAGGAUCUAAUCUCUUGCUCUCAUGUCUGCCGGUUUAUGAACUUUGCGGCCUCUGAUGAGCGCCUCUGGCGACGGCUGUAUUGCUUGAGGUGGGGCAUGGCUUCGCCAACAGGGAAGCCACGAGAAUGCGCUUGGAAGAAGCUUUAUAUUCAGCGCGAUCAAGAGGACAUGAUUGAAUUUGUGAAGAACACCCCACCUGAGUUUAAGGAGUAUUACAUACAAAUGCAGGAAGCAAAGAGAAGCCAGGCACCUCUGCUUUCACAGAUAAGUGAUGAUCGAGUUAUUCUUGACAAAACAAUUGGUGAUCAAGUUUCUAUUUGGAAAAGAAGCAGAGGCUUCACUGAUGAGGUGGUGACUGGUCAUGUUUGCUCUGGCCAUACAUGCUCUUACACACAAAUUGGUGAUGUUUUUCUCUGUGAGAAGACUGGUCGAGUGCAUGUGUGUGAUGAUACUUGCCGGGAAUCUGUUUUGGAUCAAUCCAGUGGACUAUUGGUUUGCACGGUAUCUGGUCAAUGUUUUGACAGGUGGCUUGCUCCUGAAGAGGAAUCAGAUACUGAGCAACAGCAAGCUGAAGGUGGUGUCACCGAUGAGGUAGAGCCUUUCAUGGGCUCCGGGCGAAUUGCACGUGCGUUUCUGGUGGGCUACAACUGUGCUGAUGAGAAGGAGCUUGAAGCUGCGAUAAGGUUUGGUUGAUCUCAAGGCUUUUGUUUUCAUGGGUCUGCAGAUAUUAGGUGAUGAUGAGAAACCUGUGGAGGGUUGAUCUUCAGACAAGCCAUAUGAGUUCCAUCACUGCAUUGCCCUAUAAUUCAAGGAGCUUGUUGUUGUGUAGUUUGGCUGAAAGAAUGUAAGUGAUCAUGGGGGCAGGUGUCGCUGACUAUACCCGUGUAUUAAUCACGGGCAGUGGUAUCUUCUUAAGUCAUUUCUUUUACGAAACUUUACUAAUUAGCAAGCUUUUUGAUAUAAAUUUGGUGUGCUGGUAGAGUUCGUUUCUGCGUUUUGCUCCUGUUUAUGUGAACACGCAACCUGCACGUUAUGUGAACGGAAGAGGAGAGACUGGAAAUGUCAGAAAAUCCGAAUUUUUUUAAUGGGUUGAACUCGUUGCUAAGUAAACGGGCACUUGUAGCAGAAAGCGGAAUCCAAAUACCGUUGCUUUUUUUAAUCUA